GGCAACAUGGCGGUCUCCUGCCUGCAGGACGAAGCUGUUGGCAUCUCCAGACUCCGUCCUCUAAGAGGGCCGGCAUGCGAUCGCGUGCUUCCUGUAGCGUCUCUAGUGCACUGACCGACACCCGGCUGCAGCUGAUUGACCUUGCGGCUCCCGGGACUUCUCCAGGAAUAAAAAUUGGUGUGCCUAGAAGCAGAUUUUAAAGGUGGUUGCUCCUCAGAACAUCUUUCGUCAUAUCAUCUGAUCAUCUUACACCACCAUGGCAGCAACAGCAUUAAAAUGGGUGAUAUCAAAGAGAAUUUUCUUGAAGCAUUUAUUUCCAGUUCAAAACGGAGCUUUAUCUGGUGUUUGUCAAAAAUCUACAUUUUCUUCUCUUCCAGAUGACUAUAAUUGCAAAGUAGAGCUCGCUUUGACUUCUGAUGGCAGAACAAUAGUGUGCUACCACCCUUCUGUGGAUAUCCCAUAUGAACACACAAAACCUAUCCCUCAACCAGAUCCUGUGCACAAUAAUGAAGAAACACAUGAUCAAGUGCUAAAAACCAGAUUAGAAGAAAAAGAGGAACACCUUGAGCAAGGACCCAUGAUAGAAAAACUUAGCAAAAUGUUCUUUACUACUAAGCAUCGUUGGUAUCCUCAUGGACAGUAUCACAGACGUCGUAAGAAAAUGAAUCCUCCAAAAGACAGAUGAUAUUGAGAUUCUUGGAAGAAUCAAAGAAAAAUGUUAUCCAGUGUCUCAUUUGCAAUUUGAGAAAAUGCAAUCUGGUGUAUUUACUAAUAUGUGAUAUGUAAAAUAAUAAUAAUAAAAUGUCUUUUCAUAUGUUAGAAUAUGUAUUUGUUAAUCCUGGACUUGACAUUUUUAUUUAGAGAAACUAUUUCAUCUUAUUUUCCUUUUGAGGUAUUAAAGGCUACCUCUUAUUUUUAUGUGUCUAGUAUGAAUAGUUUUACAUUAAGAGGCAAACAUUGUUAUUAGUAUAAAUAUGGUUAAUAAAAUACCCAUGCUUCUUUUGAAGACA